ACAGCUCCUACCUGCCCCACGGCACCCAAAAGGCACCUCUGCAUGGAAAGUCUCCCCCUGAAACCCCUAGCCCACCUCGAGUGGGACCGUCUUUCAGGUGAGGUGCACGAAAGGCUUUCCCGAAGUGGCAGCUCGGAAGGAUGCACGUCCGGCUGCGCCAAGCUGGCUUCCCCGCCUUUUUCCCACUUCGGCGUCAGCCUGGGCCCUGGGAACUGCAGCCUGUGCCUCCAGCCGCGCGCUUCCUUCUGCCUCCAGUGGAGCAGGGCAGUGCAGCCAGGCCUCGCAAACCCCUCUUCUGGGGCCCCCAGCGGGAGCAGGAAGGAAAGCCGCUGAGAUGCGCCCUGAGUGUCGCAUGGCUUGGAGAAGUGGGUUGCUGGGUUGCAUAAGGUGGAAGGAACUUGCUAGUUUGCAAAAGACAGCUCUUGGCGGGAGCCGGAACCCCGAGCCUGCCGACUCGCGCACCCCUCCUCAUUUACUGCCUUAGACGCGCGCCUCCCCGACUGCGCCCCCACCCCCUCGGCGCGCCGCCGUCUCGCGCGCACUACCCCCCCCCACACCCCCCUCCUCACUCCCUCCAGAGGAGGUGAGUUUAAACCCCGCCCACGUGACCCCAGCUGGGCCAAUGAACGGCGGCGGGAGGUGAAAUCCGGUUCUAACCGGUCCGGGGCUCCCAGCGCUAUAAAAACUUUAUAAACCCCCCGGAGCCCGAGCAGUGUGAAGAAGAAGAGGCGAGAACGACCCCCGGACCGACCAAAGCCCGCGCGCGCUGCAUCCCGCGUCCAGCACCUACGUCCCGCCGCCGUCGCCACCAUGCCCAAGAGAAAGGCUGAAGGGGAUGCUAAAGGAGAUAAAGCCAAGGUGAAGGACGAAGUAAGUCAUUCUCUCUUCAAGGGUCAAAGCCUUGGACUAGCAGAGGCCACUGGACUCGGUGAUUAACCUGUGUCCUGAAUUUACACUCCUAUAAUCUAGAGCCAGUUGAUACCAAACUUUUCAAAGCGACUUACCUGUUCUAAUUUUCUCGUUGUCUUUAAUAGCCACAGAGAAGAUCCGCGAGGUUGUCUGCUGUAAGUGUAUGCUUUUGAAUUUUCGUAUUUGUCCCUGAACCAAAAAACAUCAAAAAACAAUUCCCUUUGCUUCCCAUGAGUUAUGGUUAGUGCCUGGUUUUGAAUGAUUGCCUCUACUUCGGACUCUUGCCCCUUUGGGUUUUGCUGGUUCUGAAAUUUUGAUGCGUGUAGCCAAAGUGGGACAUUUGAGUGGGCUUCUGGAGAUCGAACAUUCUAGAAGAAAGCGAGCCACAAAAACUUUGAGGAGGAGAAACUUCUCUGCCUUUGGUACUUUUGGUUGGUUGGUUGGUCGGUCGGUCGUGGGUGGUUUUCUUCAGUCCAUUGUACUGAUGUUCAAUUUUUCCUCUCUUCCUGCCAAAAAAAAGAAACCUGCUCCUCCAAAGCCAGAGCCCAAGCCUAAAAAGGCCCCUGCAAAGAAGGGAGAGAAGGUACCCAAAGGGAAAAAGGGAAAAGCUGAUGCUGGCAAGGAGGGGAAUAACCCUGCAGAAAACGGAGAUGCCAAAACAGACCAGGCACAGAAAGCUGAAGGUGCUGGAGAUGCCAAGUGAAGUGUGUGCAUUUUUGAUAACUGUGUACUUCUGGUGACUGUACAGUUUGAAAUACUAUUUUUUAUCAAGUUUUAUAAAAAUGCAGAAUUUUGUUUUACUUUUUUUUUUUUUUUUUAAAGCUAUGUUGUUAGCACACAGAACACUUCAUUGUUGUUUUUGGGGGAAGGGGCAUAUGUCACUAAUAGAAUGUCUCCAAAGCUGGAUUAAUGUGGGGAAAACACCUUUCCCUUCUAGUUUUGAGAGACUUCCUCUUGGUUCCCAGGAGGAGGGAGUCCCUGACUUUUGACACACAUGGCCACCUUGGCACAAAAGCCUUGUGGUAUGGAAAAACAAAUUUGUUUUUAUGUCCUCUUCUCCCUUUCCAUCUUUCAGCAUAGACUUAACUCCCUUAAGCCCAGACAUCUGUUGGGACCUGACCCAUAGUCAUUGGUUACCAGUGUGUCAGGCAAUCUGGACUUUCCAGUGAUGCCACUGAGAUGGCACCUGUCAAAACAGCAUUGGUUCCAUUUCUAGAUUGUGGAUCUUCAGAUAAAUUCUGCCAUUUUCAUUUCACUUCCUGAAAGUCAGGGUCGGCUUGUGAAAAGUUGUUAAACAACAUGCUAAAUGUGAAAUGUCAACCCUCACUCUAAACUUUCCCUGUUCAGAGCAUCAGAUGAAGACUUCAUUGGGUUUUAUAGUGGCUUUCUGAUUUUUGGUAGUCCAUUGAAGAAGGGAGUUUGAAAGUUGUUGUAUACUGUUAACGAUUGUCUGCCCAUGUCCUGCCUGAAAUACCAUGAUUGUUUAUGGAAAGUAUCUUUAAUAAAGCUGGAUACAGUUUGGCUUGGAA